CUUCUCUCAGAUUUCAGAUUUUGGCAUUAGGAGUUGCUAAUAACUCGAAGGGAACAAGGAAAUUGUUGGCUUUCUUCAAUACAUCCAACCAAUAGAUUUUUAUAUCAACCAUGGCUGAGCAGGCAAGAGCAGAUUUUGCAACAAAGCUCUCACUACGGAAAUUCAUGGCGACGGCGCAGCGUGUAACUCUAGAUCAAAGGCAGCUUGCACGUAGCAUGGGCCUGGAUCAUCUGCUUGACCUAAAAUGUGAUACUCUGCCGCGCGGUGUCGUUCAUUAUCUGGCAUCAAACUUUGAUGUACCCUCAAGGGCUAUUGAACUCCCCAAUGGGUUCAAGUUCACAAUCACACCCUACUGCAUACACCAGGUCCUGGGGAUACCACUUGGCGGCAGAACCAUAGAGAAGAAGCAAAACCCAGCACUUAGAUCACUGAUUGCUCAACAGACAAAAUGCAAAGGAAACUACCCAACCAUAAACGAGCUGGAUAACUUGAUACAACCUAGGCUAGAUGGAGAUUCAUUCAAAAGGAUUUUCACAAUGUAUGCGCUCACCGUGCUCCUCUGCCCUUCAAGCCAUGGGGCUGCUAGUCCAGAUUACUACCACAUUCUGGAAGACCCUGAACAGAUUGGCUCAUUCGACUUCUGCACGGCUGUCCUUGACAAGCUUGUGGCGUCAAUUGAUAGCUACAAGGCUGGAGCCACAACGGUGCUCGCCGGGGAUCUCUUAACACUCACGAUCAUAUACUUUGAAUUUCUUGACACCGACAUCAUGCCGGUCACAAGCAAGCGGCCACGGAUUUCACUUUGGACGUCUGAAAUUGUAGCAGAAUAUGAAAGGCGGGACUGCACAAGCAGCGAUAAAUU